CAAACUUGAACUACCAUUUGUAUUUAUUAUUUUAUUUCUGGUGCUCUUGAACUGAGUCUGAAAAGUACGGAGGACACAGAUUGGCUCUCAUGAAGGAUCAUCGCUUCCAAGGUUAACAGAAAAUCUUCAGAAAGUGGAUUAUGUUUUGUGUUUAAACGUUUUGGGAGACUAAGUAGAAGCUGGAUUCUACAAUGGCGUCGAGGCAAGGUGGCAUAAAACCUCGGAAAUCGACUUCCAAGUAUGCGAAUUCGCCGUCUUCAUCAACGACUUCGUCUACGAAACAGUUUCAUGAAGCGUUAGGUGAUAAUCUGAGUUCUCCAGCUUCAUCAGCUAGAAGCAAGCUACAACAUGGUUACUCGGAGAGUUUGCCGUUGAGUUCAGAGAGAUCGAAAGAGAAUGUCACUGUGACUGUUCGAUUCCGGCCUCUCAGUCCGAGGGAAAUACGGCAAGGGGAGGAGAUUGCGUGGUAUGCGGACGGAGAAACAAUUGUGAGGAACGAGCAUACUCCGGCGACAGCUUAUGCAUAUGAUCGGGUGUUUGGGCCUACCACAACAACACGUCAUGUAUAUGAUAUUGCAGCUCAUCAUGUUGUUGGUGGAGCUAUGGAAGGUGUUAAUGGGACUAUUUUUGCAUAUGGUGUUACAAGUAGUGGGAAGACUCACACUAUGCAUGGAGAUCAGAGGUCUCCAGGAAUUAUCCCAUUGACAGUAAAAGAUGCUUUCAGUAUAAUUCAAGAGACUCCUAGUCGUGAAUUUCUCCUUCGUGUCUCAUAUUUGGAAAUUUAUAACGAGGUUGUUAACGAUUUGUUGAAUCCAGCAGGACAAAAUUUAAGAAUAAGGGAGGAUAAUCAGGGAACCUUUGUUGAAGGUAUAAAGGAAGAAGUUGUGUUAUCUCCUGCUCAUGCCCUUUCCCUCAUUGCAGCAGGAGAAGAGCACAGACAUGUCGGUUCAACAAAUUUUAAUUUGCUCAGCAGCAGAAGUCACACAAUAUUUACAUUGACAAUAGAGAGUAGCCCUUGUGGUGAAAAUGGUGAUGGUGGGGAUGUUAACUUGUCACAAUUGAACCUCAUAGAUUUAGCAGGUUCUGAGAGCUCAAAAGCUGAAACUACAGGUGUUCGUAGAAAAGAAGGAUCUUAUAUAAAUAAAAGUCUGCUAACCCUUGGAACUGUUAUAUCAAAAUUAACAGAUGCAAGAUCAGCUCAUGUGCCAUAUAGGGACUCAAAGUUAACUAGGCUCCUUCAAUCUUCAUUAAGUGGACAUGGAAGAGUAUCUCUUAUUUGCACUGUCACUCCCUCAUCAAGCAAUUCAGAGGAGACACAUAAUACAUUAAAAUUCGCGCAUCGUGCAAAACAUAUAGAAAUUCAAACAGCACAAAACAAGAUAAUUGAUGAGAAAUCGCUUAUAAAGAAAUACCAAAAUGAAAUUCGAUUAUUAAAGGAGGAGCUAGAACAUUUGAAGAGUGGCAUUGUGGUAAUUCCUCAGAUAAAGGAUAACACCGGAGGAGAUGAUAUCUUUCUUCUUAAACAAAAGCUAGAAGAUGGUCAAAUGAAGCUGCAAUCAAGAUUGGAGCAAGAAGAAGAAGCUAAAGCUGCUUUGUUAAGCCGAAUACAAAGGUUGACCAAAUUAAUCCUAGUCUCCACAAAGUCAACUCCCGCCUCUAGAUUUUCUCAUCGCCCAAAUUUACGAAGACGCCAUUCCUUUGGGGAAGAAGAGCUGGCAUAUCUUCCGCAUCGAAAACGUGACUUAAUUUUGGAAGAUGAAGACACAGAGUUAUAUGUUUCGCUUGAUGGAAGUGUGGAAAAUAAUGAAAAUGCAUCGAAAGAAGAGAAAAAGACCAAAAAACCCGGAUUACUUAACUGGUUGAAACCACGGAAACGAGACAGUAUAUCUGGGGCUAGUGAUAAAUCCAGUGGUGCAAAGUCUAUGAGUACACCUUCAACUCCUCCAACAGAUAAUCAUCUUCAUAAUCUUCCUAUUGAAUCCAGACAUUCACACUCUUUGCAAACUGAAACCAGAUAUUCUGAAUUCUCAUCAGAGGCCAGAUUAGAUGAAGAAAUUAACAAUGAGGAUGCUUUUUUGCAACAAGAAAGUUCUCUAAUCAGCAUAAAGACAAUUGACCAAAUUGACCUCCUUAGAGAGCAGCAAAAGAUUUUUUCUGAGGAGAUUGCAAUCCAUUUAAGUGCUCUAAAGCGAUUGUCACCUGAGGCUGCAAGUGAGAGGGAAUUUAUAAAUGUGGAGAUUAACCGAUUAAAUGAACAAAUCGAACUGAAAAAUGAUCAAAUUAAACUCCUCCAAGACAAAAUUGCUAAUACUGUUGAUGAAGUUGAAAAAACACGACCUGUUUCUGAACUAGAACUAGAAGCACAACUAAACGAGAAGUCCUUUCAGCUUGAGGUCAAAUCUGGGGAUAAUCGAGUACUUCAAGAGCAGCUCAGCGAAAAGAUUAAUGAAUGUGAAGAACUGCAAAAUACAGUUAAUUCCUUGAAAGAACAGCUUUCUGAAAUUAAUCCCGAGAAAAAUGAAAAAACAACUUUGCUUUGUGAAGCUCAGGCACUUGAGAUCGAAGAACUAAAACACAAAGUGAGUGAGUUGACCGAGUCAAACGAGCAGUUAGAAAGCCGUAACAAAAAACUAGCAGAAGACAGCUCAUAUGCAAAAGGCUUAGCUUCAGCAGCAGCAGUGGAACUGAAAGCCCUAUCAGAAGAAGUUGCAAAACUCAUGAACCACAACGAGAAACUAUCAGCCGAGUUGGCGUCACACAAGAACUCCCCGCUCCAGCGCAGCAGACCAAUGGGGUCCACCAAGAACGGACAUGGACGUAAAGAUCACAUCACCAAUAAUUUCAGACAGAGAGAAGUGCAUAAUAAUAAUAAUAAUAAUAAUAAUAAUAAUAAUAAUAAUAAUAAUAAUAAUACACAAGCGGAAUUGAAAAGAGAGCUUGCGUUGCGUAGGGAAAGGGAAUUGAAUUACGAAGCAGUGCUGUCUGAAAAGGAUGAGAGGGAACUGGAAUUGCAACGAACGGUUGAGGAAUCCAAACAGAGGGAAGCGUAUCUUGAAAAUGAGUUGGCCAAUAUGUGGAUUCUUGUGGCCAAGUUGAAGAAAGGGGAUUCCGAGGAGUCCAGUGGGGGGGAUGGGUUUGAGUCUCAGAGGUGGAAUGGAAUUUUGGGGAAAGAAAGGAAUUUGUAUGAGUAAUUUCAAAUUUGUGUGUAAUGGGAAUGGGAAUGGGAGGGAGGAUUAGAUGGUAGUUUCUAGUAUUUCGGGUUAGGAACUGGGAUUUGUGUGUUGUGUGUGUGUAAAGAUGACUUUUCAUUGGUUUUUUUUUUCUAGGAUUGUACAAAUCUUUGUUAUAAAAUGAAAGACAUAAUUAUCUUA